CAAUAAAAGCAAGGAGAUCUGUUUCUUAUGAUUUUAGAGUAUAUUGAGAGUAGAACUCAUGGUAUCACCUACUUAUUGCGUGAAAAUUUAUUAAACUAAUUUAACUCACUUCAGUAAAAUCCCUAGUAAUAUAUGUAUGAGCAGCUCCAUACAAGUUUCUGAGGCAGAGGCAUUGGUGGAGUAGUGAACAAGUACUUGAGUGCAGAACAGUUCAUUUCAGUUCAGUGAGUUAAGAUCGGAUCGAUGGGGCUUCCGGGGAUUUGGGUGGCGCUUCUGAUGACGCCUCGCGCACGUUUCAGGGGAAGGAAAUGGAAUUUACUUGACCUAGUCACAGCUGCAGUGUUUGCGUCCAUGCAUGUUCUUGCUUUAUUUGGGCCAUUUUAUUUCAAUUGGUCUGCAUUAUGGGUAGCACUCGCGCUCGUUUACGUAACCGGAUUGGGAAUCACUCUUUCAUAUCACCGAAACCUUGCGCACAGGAGCUUCAGGCUUCCCAAGUUGCUCGAGUACUUGUUUGCCUAUUUUGCAGUUCUUUCAGCUCAGGGUAGUCCCAUUGAUUGGGUGAGCACACACCGUUACCACCACCAGUAUACAGAUACAGAGAAAGAUGCUCAUAGCCCACUAAAAGGUUUCUGGUUUAGUCACAUGGGUUGGAUUCUUGAUAGCAACGCUCGUUUUGGAAGAUAUGGAGGACUACGGAAUGUUGAAGAUUUGAAAAGGCAAGCAUUCUAUAGGUUUCUUCAUAAUACUUACCUUUUACACUCAAUUAUUCUUGGAGGCAUUUUAUAUGCAGUUGGUGGAUUUCCGUUCAUCGUUUGGGGAAUGGGCGUGAGGAUGGUUUAUGUUUUCCACGGCACAUUGCUAGUGAAUUCGGCCGGCCACAUAUGGGGAUAUCAAGCAUGGAAGACCAGUGAUCUGUCUAAGAAUCUCUGGUGGUUGGCAUUGGUUGCAUUUGGAGAAGGGUGGCACAACAAUCACCAUGCUUUCGAAUAUUCGGCUCGACAGGGCCUCGAAUGGUGGCAGUUUGACCUGACUUGGUACAUCAUAAAAUUUCUUGAAGCUCUAGGGUUGGCAACUGAUGUGAAAGUACCAUCUGAGGCUCAUAAGAAACGUAAAGCUUUGGAGACCAAAACAACCAUGGCUGCCAUGAAAUAAGCAAUGAAGAUUAACUAGUUUAUUGCUCAGUACCUGUAACUACGUACCUCUA